UCAAACCCCCCCGGCUGAGAAGUGGCAACCAGCACUUGCUAUUCCCAAACUGUCCGAUUUCUCAACACGCCCCGUAUCAUGCCGAUCCGAAACAUCGCCGUCGGUAGGCCCCAGGAGGCCACUCAUCCCGAUACCUUGAAGGCCGGGUUGGCUGAGUUUAUCUCCACCCUCAUCUUCGUCUUCGCCGGCGAAGGCGCCGGCAUGGCCUUCAACAAGCUCACCAGCGACGGCGCCACCACCCCUGCCGGGCUCAUCUCCGCCUCCAUCGCUCACGCCUUCGCUCUGUUCGUUGCGGUCUCCGUUGGUGCAAACAUCUCCGGUGGCCACGUCAACCCCGCUGUCACCUUCGGAGCCUUCAUCGGAGGCAACAUCACCUUGUUGCGUGGCAUCGUCUACUGGAUCGCUCAGCUUCUCGGUUCGACCAUUGCUUGCUUGCUCCUCAAGUUCGUUACCGGGGGACUGAGCACACCAGCUUUUGCACUGUCGGCUGGAGUUGGAGUAUGGAACGCGGUGGUGUUCGAGAUAGUGAUGACAUUCGGAUUGGUGUACACAGUGUACGCGACCGCCGUUGAUCCGAAGAAGGGCAACUUGGGAGUAAUCGCACCCAUCGCGAUCGGUUUCAUCGUGGGAGCGAACAUUCUGGCGGGUGGGGCCUUCGAUGGGGCAUCCAUGAACCCGGCAGUUUCAUUCGGGCCAGCGUUGGUGAGCUGGAGCUGGGACAACCACUGGGUCUACUGGGUGGGGCCACUUAUCGGCGGUGGCCUCGCUGGCCUCAUCUACGAGGUUGUGUUCAUCUCCCACAGCCACGAGCAGCUCCCCACCACAGACUACUAAACUCGCGGACGAGUUCGAAUAUCUGAUUAGAGGGGGGUGGUUUUUAUUCCCUUUGUAUCUGAAACUUGUGUAUCUUUGUUCAUCUUCUUCUUUUUAAAUUAUGCGUUGAAUUGGUGGGCGUUGAUCUUGAUUGAAUCGUGAUGACGGGGAAGGAUUUGGUUCUCUCUUAUUGUGCAGCACUGAUGAUGUACUGUAACGCAGGUCUGCGUGUAUGAUAUCACCUCCUUUUCACCCCCUUCUCAAA